AUGGCUUCAGUGGGCCAACGUAUCAGUUUCUUGAAAAUCCUAUAUGAUUUUAAAGUUAAUCAAGGAAUACCCAUUGCUCAAGAUGACUAUGUACCUGAAUCUGUAACGAGAAGAACUGAACCUAGGCAUGCAUAUGGUCCUUGGGCCACUAAUGCACGAUUGACUGAUGAAAUACACAGAAUAGCUACCAUCAUCAAAGAUCGAGACAUGACAGUCAAGAAUCUGUCUACAGAGUUGACUCGAGUAUCAGACGAAAUGGCGCAAUUGAAACGAGAACUGGAGCCGGUUUGGAAGUUGGUAGCUGAAUACAAGAACUUCAAAGUCGACAAGAAGAAGAGUAACGACAACAAGGCCUCGCUACCAAACCUAAAGGCUAUAAGUGGUGCACUGUCAGGAUCAACAUCUGCUACUUCACUUCGACGAUCACAAUCAGCCAAACUCAUGAAAUCAACUUCUUUGGAGUCUUUGUCUUUGAAGCCUACUACUACCAAUUCACCUACCUCUCCCUUGAAUUCAUCUCCAUUUCCGAUGGUUGUGGACGCUGAGAACAACACGACGUUGCGAUUAUAUGCUGAUGGGCUGCCAGGUCAUGAAACUGAAUCAUUCAAAGGCUUCCGCGUUGGAUGGACUGACAGUUGUCGUCAGCUAUUACCAGUUGCUCUGAAAAAGUACAAGAUCUUCCAUGAACAACGACAGUAUGCCAUCUUCCUCAGGAGCAACAACACAGAGAGGUGCUUGAGAUUCGACGAAAGACCCAUGGCAAUCCAAAAACAUCUACUCGAAGCGGGAGAAAUACCGAGAUUCCUUCUUAAACAUAUAAAGCAGCAGCCCAACUACCCAAUUCGAUCUGCAGCUUCCAUAGCAGCAGGAUCGACACCCACAUCCUCGCUGCAAUCAAUACCAAUAUCAAGUGCAUCAUUUUUACAUGAUUCCCUCCUUGCUGUGAAAUCACCUGUAUCAAUCACACCAUUAUCACAAUCACCUACAAAUACGAGUAAUGCUGGCGUAUCGAUUGCCAUUUACGAAUACAGUGCUGAAAGAGAGGACGAGCUAAACGUCCACAUUGGAGAUCGUUUUAUGAAGCUACAUUCUGAGACGGGUUGGUGCGUUGUAGAAAGAGGAGAUGGGCGCAGAGGUUGGGUGCCAGAAGGCUGUCUGUUGAGUGAAAAUGAAGAGGAAGGAGAUGCUAUGGAGGUACUACCUAGAGUUGGCAAAGCUCUUGACGAUUAUGCCCCAAUGUCACCCAAUGAGCUGAGCGUCAAACGAGGAGAAGUGCUGACUUGUGUGAAAAAGUAUAGACAUUGGGUGUUGGCGGAAAGUAAUGGACAUCGUGGAUGGCUGCCUUCUUGCUAUGUGUCUAGUAGCUCAUCUGAUACGCAGUCUGAGGAAUCGGAAUCUGGUCAUGAGAUUGUUGCUUUGCCUAGUUCUGAGGACCUUACGACGAGUAUGGAGAAACCAUCGUCGUCAAUGCGAUCAACAGAAGUCUUGCAAACAGUGAACGAGGAUGAUCCUGCUCCAGUAACAACACCAACUCAAACCAAUCCUCAUACACUAUUCUCAAACCCUGCAACUCCAACUCAAUCCAGUGCUCAAUAUUAUAGAAGCAUGGAAACGGCAACAGUAAAACGAGCACCAAGUAGUAGAGAUACUGGUCUCGAAAUAUCAUCAGGAGCAGGAUCAGCAGCUGCCAUAUUAUCUCCUGGAUCAGAAAUAUCAGCUGCCAUGUCGAAGCUAGACAAUCUACUCGACUCGUUACGAUCCAUGGGUGACGAUACUCAAGUCGCAUCACCGGUCGCAUCGUCGUUUUAUAGUCCAAUAAGCCCAGCACCCACAUCGGCUCCUCAUCGUGAUCUACCAGAGCCACCUAAAGCUGAUGAAGCAACAGCUCCUGCCGAUAGGCUCGAAACAGCUCUACUAGCCAUUCAAACUCAGCUAUCACGAUUAGAAGCCGUGUCAGAAACUACCGUCAGACAAUCUGUAGUGACCUUAUAUCAACCUAACGCUAAAGGUACUUCUGAUACGGAACACAACCACUAUCGAAACGAAGAGCAGAAGAAAAUCGACCAAGCUGUGCUCGAUCUAGCUUCAGCCCAAAGUCUCUUGACCACCAUUAUAAGUCUAUUGAAUCAGCAACCAUUUACACCUGAACGUUUAUUACAAAUCUGUAGCACACUGGAAGAGACUGCCGAGUCAUCAAGAUCGAAAAUAGUUGAUCUGGCAUCUGCUACAACUUCUCCGAAAAUUAUCACUGCCUCUUUGGAUAGUAACACUCAUAGCACAGAAGAAGAAACGAUUCGUCAACAACAACGAGAACAAGAAGAUGUCAAAGCUUACAAUCGAGGUCAAAUUCUUCAAGCCUCGAUAGAUGAUGUUUAUGCUGGUCUAGCAAUGGUGUAUAACUUGCUUGAAGAAGAUGGAAGGAUCUCCAGGUCACGAUCUCACUCAGUGACUCUGGGACAUGGUAGUGCUAGAACGAGUAUGACUACAAAAGCAACAUUAGCCAAUGCUCAUGCUAAUUAUCAUGCCUGA